UAUCCAAUAAUCUAGUCAAAUUUUUCGCUUCUUCAUCGUGUGAGCCAAUUCAAUACGCGUGUGCUCAUAAUGUUGACGAUUGUCUCAUUAUUCUACGCUUACGCACGACCAUUUAUCAAAUGGUUUUUGCGACAUUUUACUCGAUUGUGUGAAUUGCAGCGAAUUUGUUACGGUUGUGAGUCAGGUGCAAAGCGGAAGAAAUGUGUCGAAGAAUCACUAUCGCUGUCGCGACAGAAACCAAUAAAAGAAUUGAUUGACCGAUUGAACGAGACUAUUGCGAAUAAAGUGGCAAUGGAUGAAUUCCAUGGUCAAUUAAUUCCGCAUGCUGUGUCAACUAUACUGAAAGUGAAGAAAGUCAAACGAAAAAUCCAUCCCGACUUUGGUCCAUCGCUGGGGGUGUGCAUUGAAAGUAUUUGGAGCUACCGUCGUCUGUGUGCUGACAUUGAAGAUAUUCGUAAAAUGUCAUUCGAUAGCGAAAAUGUGGAUCAUGAAAAUAAACUGUUGAAGUUGUGGCGCUUGCUGAUGCCAGAACAACCGCUUGAAGGUCGAAUCUCAAAGCAGUGGCAAGAUAUUGGAUUCCAAGGUGAUAAUCCGUCGACCGAUUUUAGAGGAAUGGGUUUGCUUGGAUUGGAAAAUCUUUUGUAUUUCGCCGAAGAGUAUACUGCAGCCGCACGAUAUGUUCUCUCUCAUUCAGUGCAUCCGAUUCAUGGAUACACGUUUGCCAUCGUUGGAAUCAACUUAACGUCAAUGGCCUAUAAUCUACUUCAGAAUGGUGCGGCCAAAACCCAUCUGUUCAAUCUAAAAACGCAGCAUCUCAGCUUAAAGCAUUUUCAUCGUUUUUAUUGCUAUUUAUUCUAUGAAUUCGACAAGUUUUGGGUGGAAUGUAAACCAACAAGCCUAAUGGACUUUUCAAAUAUACACGCCCGUUUUUUGAGUGACAUUUUAACGCAAUUAAAUGACGAUCAAACCCUUUUUAAUAUGAACCAAGUAUUUAACAUCUAAAAGUUGAAGCGACAAUUUUACGAGACCGAAGUGUGACUUAAUCGUAUUUUCUAUUCAUGUGAACAUGGCGAGCAUAAUUGAAUAAAUCUCUAAUAUUUAUGAUCAAACCAAA